UUUCCUGGAGCGGGAAACUUGGACGAAUUCUGGAGAGUGUUAUCAAAGGGAGAAAACCAUGUCAUAGACGUGCCGCCGGACAGAUGGAACAUAGAUGCAUGGUAUCAUCCGGACGCUCCUGGGAAGAUGUACACACGAAAACUGGGCGCUGUCAAAGGACACGAUGAGUUUGACAAUCUUCUGUACGGAAUCAGCGAAUCAGAGUCGAUUAAGAUGGACCCUCAGCAGAGAUUUGUGCUGGAUUCGGUCCAUAUGGCACUGGAGGAUGGUGGGUUUACCAGGGAACAGCUUCGGGGCAGUAAAACUGGUGUCUAUAUAGGAUCGAUGAAUACAGACUACUCAGACAUCCUUUCAAAACACGUAGAAGUGGCUGAUAAUUACCACUUGACUGGAUCUGCCAACAGUAUAGUGGCCGCCCGGGUAUCUUAUGUGUACGAUCUCCGCGGCCCGGCUGUUACCUUGGAUACGGCCUGUUCCUCUGCUCUCAUGGCCAUCCAUUUGGCCUCACAGGGCCUUUCCACAGGCGACUGUGACGUUGCUCUGGCUGGAGGAGUCAAUCUGGUCAUGUUACACAUUUCCGGGGUGUACCUGAGUCAAGCACGGAUGGCCUCCCGUGUUGGUCAGUGCCAAGCCUUCUCAGCAGAUGCUGACGGAUACGUAAGAGGAGAAGGUUGUGGGGUUGUUGUACUGAAAAGAUUGUCUGAUGCUUUGAAAAGCCGAGACAAAAUCUGGGGCACGAUCAUCAGAACAAACCAAGAUGGCCACAUGACACAGCCGAUUACAGCUCCCUCUGGUGAUCAACAGAAACAACUUCUAGAAGAUAUGUACAGCCGUCACAAUAUCGACAAAUCUACAGUGCAGUACAUUGAAGCACACGGCACAGGUACCCCUGUAGGAGACCCUAUAGAAGCGAACUGCCUCGGCAGAUUUUUCGGACAAGAUGGCAAGUCCCGACAUAUUGGUUCAGUGAAAACAAACAUUGGACAUCUGGAGUCAGCGGCAGGAGCGGCGGGGCUCAUUAAAGUGCUGCUCAUGAUGAAGCACGAGACCAUAGUGCCAUCACUGUUCAGCUCAAAGCUCAACCCAAAGAUUGAGUUUGAAAAGUACCAUCUCAAAGUGCCUACUGAUUGCGUCCCAUGGGAAGAGCUGCCCUCCGGAGGUAGGGCAGCUGGUGUUAACUCUUUUGGGUUUGGGGGGUCCAACUGCCACGCUUACGUCAAGCAGUAUGUGAAAACUGAUCCACCAGUACCGCCUAAACCACAGAAAAAUGGGUACAGAAUGAUUGCUGUGUCAUCUAGAAGUUCGUCUGGUUUGAAGGCCAAUAUCCUCCACCUGAAAGACGCGGCUGAAAAAAAUCCCCUAGACAUGGAUGCUCUGUCCUUUACGUCAACAUGUCGACGAGAUCAUCACGAAUACCGUUUGGCUUUUCAUGCCAGUGACCAGCAGGAGUUGAUAGCUGAACUAGGUAAACACCGUGUCUUUGAAAAAGUUCAACCAGCCAAAAAACUGCGCGUCAUUUAUGUGUUCUGUGGAAUGGGGACUGUUUGGAAGGGAAUGUGCAUUGAUCUCUUGGAUAAAGAGCAGGUUUUCAGGGACCAGUUAGAAGAAAUUGACACAUUACUGAAAGAAUUCAACUCUGUUUCUGUAAUAAAUGAACUCAGAAACCAAAGCAAUAUACACGACCCUGCUGUUGAGCCCCUGGUGCUUUUCGCUUGCCAGGUGGGACUGACGGCCGUGUGGCGCCACUGGGGAGUGGAGGCUGAUGCUGUGAUUGGUCAGUCUGUAGGGGAAGUGGCUGCCGCCCACGCCGCCGGGAUUCUGUCCCUCAGGUCGGCAGUAGCUGUGAUCUACCACAGAACUAAGCUACUCUUACAAUCAGUUGGAGGCAAAAUGCUGGUAAUUGGGAAAUGUCCUGUUGAAAAAGUGGAAGAACUUUGCCAUGAGCAAGGCGGUGGCGUUAACGUCGCCGUGUACAACAGUCCUACAAGCUGCACCGUUUCCGGUGACGACGAAGCGGUGACCUCUGUUCGGAAAUGUCUCGAAUCUUUGGAUCAACCUGACAUGAUAAUCACAGAGCUUUCUGUGAAAACAGCUUAUCACUGCCACAAACAAAAACCCCUGGCAAAUUCUCUCAUCAAGGCCUUAAAUGGACUGAAGGGACAAGACGCACAGCUCGACAUCGUUUCUACAGUUACUGGUCACUUGGCAUCUUCAACAGAUUUUAAAACAGCAGAAUACUGGGUGAAAAAUCUCACAGACCCUGUUAAAUUUUAUCAGGGUUUAUUGAAUGCAACAGAUGGUGACAAAUUCAACGUAUUUCUCGAAAUAGGACCACGCCCGGUACUUCGAGCUCAUUUCAACGACGUUUUUAGUAUCGGAUAUAGCAAUGGAAUGGUUGUAUCCUCAAUGGAGAAGAUGUCAAACACUGAAACCAUGGUAAGCAGCCUUGGGAAGCUUUUUAGCCAUGGUGUGAAUCCCAGGUGGGCUUCUGUUAUAGUGCAGGGUGUUACACAGCUGACUGUGGAACCCAAAUACCAGUUUCAGAGAACGAAAGGUUUAUUUGAAUCUGAAAAAUCUCUCUUAGAACGCCAGGGGCUGCCAACUGUGAAUGGGAGACAUCCGUAUGUGAAUCGAGUUUCCGGGAAUCUUCUCACAAUGGAAAUCCGGAUAAAUGAAAAUGACACGCCAUUUGUUUACUCACAUGUUGUCGGCGGAGCGGCAUUUGUCCCGGGAUCUUUGUUCGCUGAUGUCGCCUUUGAAUACGCAACAGAAAUAUUUGAAAAUGUAGUGCAAGAUGUACGAGUGUCUGUGCGCUUGUUGAAGCCUGUUGGUGUCAUGAAGGGCCGUAGCCAGACAUUAACUUUGAUGACUGAAGCACAAUCUUCACACAGCGCCAGCUUCAGGAUUUUACACAAAAACUCUGCGUGUGUGUUUGGUGAAGUAGUCAAAUCCGGAGAUUCAUUCGAGCCCAAGCCCUGGGACAUAGCCGCUGUCCGCAUGCGGUGUACAUCUUCGAUGGACAAAAACGAGAUAUAUCACAGGUUGAGGCAGUUCGGAUUUGCGUAUGGCGAGCAACUUCAACUGAUCACGAAGUGUGAAGCCAAUUCCGUGGAGUGCUUAGCAUGGCUAAGCGUCAGCGAUCUCGUGAAAACACAGAUGUGUAAAACUCAUCUACAUCCCUCCAUUCUGGAUGCUAUCAUGCAGUCUACCUGUGCAAUUUACUUCAGUACCGAGUCUUACUGGGAAGACCGUAUACCUUCCAUUCUUGGCGAGAUUAGCAUCUACAGGAAGAUCACUGGGGACAUGAUGUGUUAUAGUAAACAGAUGAGUCAGUCCAAUGGGCAAUUUCAUUUUAGGGUUCUUCUACUAACACCUGCUGGCCAGGUGAUUGCAGAACUAAAAGACUUCGUUAUACAGAUUUUGAGCACCACAAAGACAACCGCAGAGGAUCUGGAAUACGAGCUCCAGUGGGUGCCAACUGAAAUCUCUACAAAGCCUCCUGAUAAAAGAGCAAUUUUGUUCAUUCACCGGAAGCGCAAACCGGACAAAAUUCUGAGUAAGCUGUCUGACUCUAUGAAGGUUAUUUCAACAGAGUCCACCUCAGAGCUGAUGAUACAAAUAGACAAAGUAUCUGGUGUCGUAUUCUAUGCAGACCUGGGUGAAGAGACUGAAGACUGUCUGAUGAGAUCAUCGACAGUAAUGUACGACAAUCUCAGGGAAGUCAUCUGCUUUCUGAUCAACAGCGGGAGCGACAUCCCAGUGUCCGUUGUGACGGUGAAUACACAAAUAGCAAAGGAAGUUUCCAGUGUUUCUCAGGUGAACCUGGAUGGGUCACAUCUAUGGGGCAUGAUGAGAUGUUUUGUAAUAGAGGACAACAGAAAGGGACAGUUGAUUGAUCUCCAUGACUUCACCAGGGCUACCAUAGACACUUUAACUAAUUCUUUGAAUCCACAGGCCUUUCAAGAAUUUGAUUUCAGAGAACUGAUGAUAUGCGAAGGAAAACCCUUUAAGUAUUUGGUGAAAGCUGCUCUACGUGUGAUGCCAAUCAGGGAGAAACUUGGCCGUCAAACCGAGACUAGUCAGCCUUUGGAUGUUGUCAGUCAUCGUAAGACACCGGAUUGUCCAUACGAAUUUCGGUUGGAAUAUUCCAAACAGACAGCAGAUACUUCAUCAAAAGGAGAAACAUUGUCGGUAAACGUGCAAUUUGUGGUAAUAACAAAACCUACCAGUUUUUACACCGAUGAGUCGCAAACGAAUUGGGACGAAGGGCAAAGACUGGUCUGUGUGGAGGCCCUUGGCACCACCAAAAGUACGUCAGAAACUGAGGACGUCAUUGUCCUUUGUCCAACAUUUGCCCGAACUGUUUUAACAGUUUCAAAAGCGAAUACAGUACCAAAGUCACUCAUUAAAGACUAUAAGCCUGGUGUGUUGAUAUGUUUGGCGAUGAUAGAAAACAUGACCCAACCAAUUCCCUCCGAUUCUCACGUGGCCGUCAUAACUGAACCGCAGUCCAGAUGUUUUGGUCAGUUGGUGAAAGCUGUUUUAAACUAUAAAGGAUGCAUGAGCGUGGGGAUUUAUGAAACACUAACACAUGGAAGUAUCCCAAAAGACACAUCGCACAUGAUUUUGUUUUCAAGGUGUCCAGCCGAAUUCUUCAAAACAGAAGAUACUGAUCAGACAAUAGAAAUAAUUGCCAUUGAAGGCUUUGCAAGAGAAAGAACAGUAGGCAUCCUACUUAUGAAAAAGAGGAUGUUUACUUCUCGAUUAAUUAGACUAUCGGAAGUGCUACAGGCUGACAAGAUUACGAAAUGCUUGGAACAAAUAUCGACCAUGCUGUCAACGGAAUGGAGAGGAUUAAACGAAAUCUUGAGCACAUUUGAAGAAAAACAUCUUGAAAUCUUCGUGUCGCACGUCAUUCAUGUUGCAGAUCAGUCAGUGCCUUUGUGUGUUACUGAACGGACGCUUUUCCGAGGAAAUGCGUCAUAUGUUAUAGUGGGAGGCCUGACGGGCCUAGGCUGGUUGAUUGUUCAGUUCAUCGCAGAAAUGGGCGGUGGUCUGAUCGCUAUUACGUCACGGAGGACACCAGACGCGGACGCCCAGGAAAAGAUGCGAAAACUAAGCCAGGAGACCAAAGCCAAAAUUGAAUUUCUACAGGCAGAUGUGUGUGACUUGAGCUCUCUUGAAAACGCCUUCGUGAUCCUACAGGCAAAGUACCCUGAUCACGCAGUCAAGGGAAUAUUUCAAGGUGCUGGUGUGCUGAAGGAUUCUCUGUUGCUCUAUUCCACAGCCGAAGAUUUCGAAAAAGUUGCCUCGCCUAAAAUCCAAGGUUCUUUAAAUCUACAUAAGCUGUGUAUGAAACUUGGUCUAAAGUUGGACUACUUUAUUUUACAAUCUUCAGUCGCAUCUGUUUUCGGAAAUCCAGGCCAGACAAGCUAUGGUGCAGCUAACAGUUUUCUCGACACACUCGCCAACUACCGUCGUCAAAAGGGUUUGAAAGCACAGUCUCUAAACUGGGGACCAUUAUGUGUAGGAAUGGCUGUGAGGGACGAGUCCGUAGUCAGCAGCUGGAAAAGCGCAGGGUUUGAAGCCAUGUGUGAAGAGGGCAUUCGAAAAUGCUUAACGCAUGCAUUGUUGUCCAGCAAAGUACAGAUGUGCUUUGCUGAUCUUAGCGUCAAAGUGGAAGGCACAUCACAAGACAUACGAGCGGUUUUGAAUGGUUCUGCGCAAGGUGUAUCUGGGUCACAAUCCGAGAACGUAGAUAUUGACUUAUCGUCAAUCCAGAGAAUGAAUGAAGAGGACAGAAAACACUCUCUCUGGAAGUAUGUCAAGGCUCUUGUGACCAGUAUGAUCCCAGUGUCGCCAGAUCUACUUCAACAUUCAACUCUUUUCUCUGAGGUAGGACUCAAUUCAAUGGUAGCCGUUUCCUUUACAAACAGAGUGAGGGCCGAUACAGGAAUCCAUCUACCUGCUACUCGUCUACUCUCAGAAGACCUCAAGCUGAUAGACAUUCUGGCAGAAAUCGACAAUGCUUUGACGAAAAACAAGAGUUCCACCACUGAUACAGAGAGGAUGUCGUCCAAACUCUCACCACUGAUUUCACCGACACAAGGCCUUAUCUAUCAAAUCCAUCAGCAACGUUUUCGAAAUGAUGUCGAUGUCCUAAUUUGGACAGAAUUGAACACCACAUUGGUGCUUUCUAAGGAAAACAUCAAAGCCGCCGUGUACAAAGUGGUCGAGAGAAAUAAACCAAUAAGAACGAUAUACAAGCAGAAUGGAAAUCGUGUAGAGCCUGUCCUGUUGGAAACAUUUCAACUUCCGGAUAUUAUAGAACUCCGCGGAGUUGAUGAAGAUAUCACACAACAGUUUUCAAGCAUACUGAAGCAACCUUUCGACCUGAGCAAAGACCUGCCGUUCAGGAUCAUUUAUAACCAGUCUAAUAUCUCCAGUUCUAAGAUCAAGUUUAUUUUCCAUCCAAUAAGCUUUGAUCAAAGAGCAGUUCAUCUGUUUAUCAAUGAGUUCAAAAGCGUUUUGCUCUCUGAAGAUUUGCUGGAAGUAAAGGAUAUCGAUAUUCCACAGGAAAUUUUCAAAAUUCUAAACCCUCAGUUUACGAAACUUGAGAGAUUCUGGGAGAAGCGCCUGAAUCCGUCUAAUGACUUGCCUCUUCUGUCAUUGUCCACAUCGCCGGAAGACCACAUACCCCCUGGAUCGGAGAAAACCAUAUCUCUUUAUUGUCCAACAGAUGUCGUCAUCGACAUUAUCAAAAUGUCAGAAAAGUUGAAAAUCACAAUGUUUCAGCUUUUAGUGAGUGCCCUUCAUCUUCUGUGGCAUGUGUUGACUGGAGAGGACAAAGUUGGACUUCUGAUGGACAUUGACACACGCCAGCAUGUCCCAGCCCUGAAGAACGUCAUGACUCACUGCGUGAACUACCUACCUGCUAUUGGCUCCUUUGACCAAGACAUUACAAUUGAGAGUUUCUUACAGAGCAACUCAGCUGAGACAUAA